GAAGCCAGCGAGACACGAAGCGUCGACGUCCUGCCGGCGACCCGCAGCGGAGGUGCUGAGGACCAGAGGCUGCUGAUAACCACCUGGCCCCGGGGCAGCCUACCACAGGGGACAACCAACUCCACAGCGCGGCAGCUGCAGGCACCAUGAACCAUCAGGAGCAGCCAGAGGAGGAGGCCCCUGGGGACGAGACGUGCCCCAUCUGCCUGGGCCGGCUGUCCAGCACGGCUCGUGUGGACCCCUGCAGGCACUCCUUCUGCCUGGGGUGCAUCCUGCCCUGGGCCACUCGAAGAGCCACCUGCCCACUGUGCCGCGGGCGUAUUGGGACCAUCGCACUCGUGGUGCCGCCCGCCCAGCACGACGCCUCGCCCCGCCGGCCCCGCCGGGGAUUGCAGCGCAACGCGGGGCUGGAGCGGCAGCAGCAGCAGCAGCAGCGGCAGAGGAGCCCCUCCAGCUACCGCUCGCGCAGCAUCUCGCCACGGCGCAGGGAGCGCAGCCCCGCCGAAGCACGACGGCUCGUCCGCAGCCGCUCCUGGCACUCGGAGCAGGACGGGCACAGGCUGCCACGGUCCCUGCAGUACCCCGACGCCGAGGACAUAGCCGAGUACAUCGCCUGGCUACGUCGGGUCCAACUGGAGGAGCCGGGGUCUGGCGACCACGCGGGCCGCCACGCCAGGCCCCGCAACUGAGCAGCGACCGGGCCUCACCUGGGGACGGGCUGGGGGUGGCAGCCACAAUUACCCCAGGAAUAAAUUAUGACUUUUCCACCCUGCAAAGCCUCUGCCUCCACUUCUUCCUGCAUAGGUCAGCGGGGGGGCUGAACGCAGCCCUCUCCCGCUGUCCGCGCCGCCAAGUGGGUUGGGGACGACUGCUGUUGAUGGGGAAUGGCUGCGGGUGGCGGGUCGCCAAGUGAGGCUGGGGGAUGAGAAGCCAUUUGGGAGCCACAAAGGUGACCUGGCCCAACUGGGGAAAAGGCAAAAAGCAGAAGAGGAGCAAAAGGCUCCUAAAACCUGGCAGCAGAGAAUGCCUGCCAGCCGGGGAACCGGGCCUGGGAACCUGCAGCGGCCUUGGAAGGCGCUGCUGGCCUCCUACAAGUGCAGCCUAAGGGUACCUAAGAACCUGAGACUUCCUGGAUGCAUUCCUGUUUGACAUGAUUUAGGUGUUCCUGCUCCGGCAGGGGGAUUGGACUAGAUGAUCUUUCAAGGUGCCUUCCAAUCCCUAACGUUCUGUCAUUGUGUGACUGUGCAUCACUGCACAUUCAUCCUGGCCAGAGAAGGCUCAGGGGGAUCUUAGCAACGUCUAGACACCCCCAAAGGGAGGAUGCAAAGAAGACGGAGCCAGGCUCUUGUCAGCAGUGCCCAGCAGGCGUCCAGCUCUAGGUGUCCCUGCUUGGGCAGGACGGGGUUGGAGCAGAUGACCUCCAGAGGUCCCUUCCAUCCCCAACCCUUCUGGGAGCUUCCUGCUGGGUAAAAAACAGGCCCUUUUGAUACCACGGAGGGUUCAUAGGAUGGCGUAGAACGCCACCACUUCAGGUAACCAUUGAGGCGCUGUUCAU